UUGAAUGGAGAAGUUGACUUUUCAAAAGUAAGCUUCAAAACGUAAACAGUCGGCGUUCUGCAUGGUGGUUUUUGUAACCUAGUGAAUUCGAAUAACGUUUUUAUCGAAAUGGGUACAAAACGAAAAAAUAUGGAGGAUGAAAUGUCCAGAUUUGAAGCGGAAAUUUCAAAAACUGCUGCUGCACUACCGAUGAGCGGUAUGUCUUCGAAUCCGUUUAUUCCGUCUCAAGUGCGUACAGUAAUUGGAUCACAGACAUAUAGUCAAGUGCAACAGAAACUGGCCACAGCACCAACUCGCAUCCCACCACCACCGAUCCCUCCCUUUUUACCGACAUAUACUACACCAACCCCACAGCAUCACGCCCCAGAAAAAUCAUACUCUACGGAGCCAACCCCGGCGGUCGUUAGCAGUGCUCCGAAGCUAUACAAUGCUCGCCCAACAGUUGGAACACUACCCAAAGUGGACGUUUCUUCUGGCGGCGGAGGUUCUGUUAUUGGACCAAAUAUUUCACCAGCACCGGUGCAAUCGUAUGACAUAGCAAACAUACAGUUCGAGGUGACCACUAAAAUAAAAAAACAAAAAACAGAAAAAUCUGGGCCAAAUCCCAUAGCUGAAGAGGCCAUUAAGGCUGCUAGGGCGUCAUCGGCGUUGCAAUCGUUCGGCAAUGCAGAUCGCAGAGGGAAGAAAGAUCGCAAGACUGUUCGAGUUGCUGGUGGCCAAACAUGGGAAGAUCCGUCGCUUGCCGAUUGGCCGGACGAUGAUUUUCGUAUAUUCUGCGGCGAUCUGGGUAACGACGUAAAUGACGAGCUGCUGACACGAACUUUCAACAAGUUUCCGUCGUUUCAACGUGCCAAAGUAAUCCGAGACAAGCGGACAAGCAAAAGUAAGGGCUACGGGUUUGUCAGUUUCAAGGAUCCACAGGAUUUCAUUCGGGCAAUGAAGGAGAUGGACGGUCGCUACGUAGGCAGUCGUCCCAUCAAGCUGCGUAAGAGUACCUGGAGGAACCGUAGCAUCGAAGCUGUGCGGAAAAAGGAUAAGGAAAAGCAAGCUCUGCUCAGUCUCUUCAAUCAGAACUAGCCGGAGUUAUCUGGCAGAAUUCACAGACUCAUAAUAGACGCAUUGUGUCAGCCGUGCUACAAUUUUUUGCUGAUUAUUGUUGUUAUGCAGUGGCUGGUGCGUUUCUAGUUCCGUGUGUGUCUCUGACGGUCGUAUCAAGAAACUAUUCAUUUUUUCAAAUGAGUUUGUUUUGGAACGAAUAAGACGGAAUUUUGGGAGGAAUUUCAGAAUUUAAAAAAAUUGUUUUAGUUCUAUGAAUCAGCCGAGAAUGUACAGUUUUGGAGCGAAUUGCUAACGUUUUUGUUAGAUGCUGAAUAUUAUCUAAGUUCCAUUAUGCUCACUUAUUAUUGACAUGAAUAAAAGCGUGCAUUUUUCAUCCAGUAUCAAUUUUC